AUGGUCGCCUACGUCGCCAAGAUCGCGCUCGCGGACUGGGCCGCGCGCGAGGCCGUCGAGCGCGUCUGGAUGGGCCGCGAGCACGUCGCGUCGCUCGUGCCGCCGCUCACGCGCGCGCCGGACGUCACGCUCGCGUCCGCGUCCGCGACGACGCUGUGGCUCCGGUGGCGGGCCGUGCCCUUCGACGCGAAGCGCCAGCUCUGCGACGCGACCUUCGUGCUGUCGAUGAAGGGCGGCUUCCGCGCCUUCGCCAGGGGCGACCGCGUCGACGUCGAGUACGAGCCGAAGCGGCCGGGCGGCGGCGGCGGCGCGGACUCGCCGAGCCGCGACGACGCGUCGCUCGCGAGCACGGCGACGCUCGACACGUGGGACGGCGCGCGGCCCCGCGAGCGCUUCGACGCGACGGUCACGGCGGACCACCUCGACGGCCACUUCUCCGUGCUCUACGACGACGGCACGCGCGAGGCGCGCGUGCCCCGGCGGCGGCUCCAGCUCAAGGACGACGGGCCCUGGCACAUCGUCCACUACGGGCCGGAGAACCACUACGCCGUCGAGGCCCUCGUGCCGGACAAGUUCGUCGCCGCCGAGCCGGGCAUCGCGGUCUCCGCCAAGUUCAUGCUCCAGACGACGGGCACGGA